GUGUCCGCUGCCGGAGCCCUGCGUGCCCCACGCUGCCCCUGUCCGUCCCCGGCCAUGCUGUCCUUUCAGUACCCCGACGUGUACCGCGACGAGACUGCCGUACAGGAUUAUCAUGGGCAUCAAGUAUGUGACCCUUACGCUUGGCUUGAAGACCCGGACAGUGAACAGACAAAGGCUUUCGUGGAGGCGCAGAACAAGAUCACUGUGCCAUUUCUUGAGCAGUGCCCUAUUAGAGGUUUAUACAAAGAGAGAAUGACAGAACUGUAUGACUAUCCCAAGUAUAGCUGCCACUUCAAGAAAGGAAAACGGUAUUUUUAUUUCUACAAUACAGGUUUACAGAACCAACGAGUAUUAUAUGUCCAGGAUUCUUUAGAGAGCGAGGCCAGAGUCUUCCUUGACCCCAACAUCCUCUCUGAUGAUGGCACAGUGGCUCUCCGAGGCUAUGCAUUCAGUGAAGAUGGUGAAUAUUUUGCCUAUGGUCUGAGUGCCAGUGGCUCAGACUGGGUGACAAUCAAGUUCAUGAAAGUCGAUGGUGCCAAAGAGCUUCCUGAUGUACUUGAAAGGGUCAAGUUCAGCUGUAUGGCCUGGACCCAUGAUGGAAAGGGAAUGUUCUACAACUCAUACCCACAACAGGAUGGAAAAAGUGAUGGCACGGAGACAUCCACCAAUCUCCACCAAAAGCUCUACUACCAUGUCUUGGGGACCGAUCAGUCAGAGGAUAUUUUGUGUGCAGAGUUCCCUGAUGAGCCUAAAUGGAUGGGUGGAGCUGAGUUAUCUGAUGAUGGUCGCUAUGUCUUGUUAUCAAUCAGGGAGGGCUGCGAUCCAGUAAACCGGCUCUGGUACUGUGACCUACAGCAGGAAUCAAAUGGCAUCACUGGAAUUCUGAAGUGGGUAAAGCUGAUAGACAACUUUGAAGGAGAAUAUGACUACGUAACCAAUGAGGGGACAGUGUUCACGUUCAAGACAAAUCGCCAUUCUCCCAACUACCGCCUGAUCAACAUAGACUUCACGGAUCCUGACGAGUCUAAGUGGAAAGUGCUUGUUCCUGAGCAUGAGAAAGAUGUCUUAGAAUGGGUAGCUUGUGUCAGGUCCAACUUUUUGGUCUUAUGCUACCUCCAUGACGUGAAGAACAUUCUGCAGCUUCACGACCUGGCUACUGGCGCCUUCCUGAAGACCUUCCCACUCGAGGUUGGAAGCAUCGUGGGAUACAGUGGUCAGAAGAAGGAUACUGAAAUCUUCUACCAGUUUACUUCCUUUUUAUCUCCAGGUAUUAUUUAUCACUGUGAUCUUACCAAAGAGGAACUGGAGCCAAGAGUUUUCCGAGAGGUGACUGUGAAAGGAAUUGAUGCUUCUGAUUACCAGACAGUCCAGAUUUUCUACCCUAGCAAGGAUGGUACAAAGAUUCCAAUGUUCAUUGUACAUAAAAAAGGCAUAAAAUUGGAUGGCUCGCAUCCUGCUUUCUUAUAUGGCUACGGAGGCUUCAACAUAUCUAUUACACCCAACUACAGUGUGUCCAGGCUUAUUUUUGUGAGGCAUAUGGGUGGUGUCCUUGCAGUGGCCAAUAUCAGAGGAGGAGGUGAAUAUGGAGAGACGUGGCAUAAAGCCAUCAUUUAUGAAAAAUCUCACCGGGACGAAGGUAGACACCAGUGCUUGAGGCUGGUCAGCACUACCAGUGAGAGGGAUCUUCUCUUGUGGUUAGGAACUUCAGAGACCACCCUUCAGGUCUGUGCACCCACUUGUUCUUCUCUGCCUUCCCAAACCUGAGCCCAGACACUCUGGUUUUCUCCACAGACAAAUCAGCCAAGAUAAGGGUAGGGCUGUAAAGAGAUUUUCCUAAACCUGUUAGGUGUCCAGAUGUAGGAAGGACCCAGGCAUGAGCCAGUAUGCUUCACAGGGGCUGACAUAAGACAACAAAGUAUUUCAGCAUCUUAGCAAGAAUGAAUAAUCGUAAUUAACAGGUGCAAUCAGUAGGGCCUCUGGCCUGCCUGCCAUUGUUGGGUCAACUGCUGCCAGGAAUCAUGGCCAAAGAUUUUAUUAGUCAUUAUAGUUGAAACUUUAUAGAAUUCAGUGUAAAUUUUGCCUAAUAUUAGAGCUUAAUUAUACUAAAAUCAUGUUGUGAAACUAAGAUAUUAAAAGAUGCCUGAUAAAAGGAGAAUAAAUUAGAAUAAAGUCUCUAUAUAACAUAUGUUUGAUUUACAUUCCUAAUUCAUAUACUAAGUCUGGACCCCUUAACUCUCCAUGCUUUCCAAUUCAGCAUGUCUGUGGUACAUGUACUCAAACACAUGCCCAUAUGCACAGAUUCCUGAACCUGUGGCCCUUUCCUGAAAAAACCUGGAUUCUUCUCCAUAAAAACCUCUCUGAUCAUCAGGUGCCCACCAUGUUCCGACGGGAGGGUAUUCUUGGUCUUGGUUGACUCUCUUUUUCUAAUCUCUGUAUUAAUUAGAACCACCUUAUUGUCUAAAAGUCUUGGGGGGAAAUGAGGCUAAAACUCGACUCAGACGGAAAAUAGGCUAUCUGUAUUUAGACUGAUUCAGAAAUGUUCUCAAAAGUUAGCAGUGAAUGGGCUGGAAGUGGACCUUUUCCAGUUAUACCCCAGUAUAUUGAACAUUGAUAAAUCUAAAUUCCAUUCUAUUAAUUGAGUUUAAAAUUUAAUGCUCUUUAAAAAAAUAGUCAUCCCCAAAAUGAUAUUAUUCCUGGAAACUAAGUAAUCCUAGCUGUUCUAAUUCACCGAUAAUUUCUUAUUAAAAUCUUAAUAACAUUUUUUUGAUAUGAAAGCAUUUCUUCAGUAGCCCUGCUUCAUCUUUAAUUGAAUUUCUGCAAAAGUGGUUAAUAUUUAAUUAGAUCAGUCUGCUUUUUGUUCAUUCCAUAGGCAGUUCAUUUCUGACAUCUGUGCCUUUGAGGGGUUGCUUUUAACUUUGGUCUCUCCCCAGAGCAGGGAUUUAGAUAGUCUAAGACUGUGUAAUCAUUUCUCCCUUUAAGUUACUUCUGAGGUUUGGUACAGUGGUAUUACCACCAGCGAGAGGUAUCUUCUCUUGCAGUUAGGAACUUCAGAGACCACCCUUCAGAGCUGUGCACCCCCUUGUUCUUCUCUACAUUGAGAUCUUUCAUUCAAGAAUUGAGAACCUGUUGUGCUUUGCUGCAGCCCUGCCUCGCCCUAAUUUCUGCUCAUACUUUAAAGUAGUAAGCAAGGGCAAAAUUGGAGAAAUGUCUUCAUCACUUGCCCAUUUCAAAUUUCUGCAGAAUGAAGGGAGAGCAAAGUGAAAGUGCUUUCGUCUUCACAGAGGGGAAGCUUGCCCUACGCCAACUGCCAGCUCUGACCUCAUGUGUCAGAGGACUGUGCACUGCUGGAACUUUUGUUUCUUUUUUAAAUUCCGCUUCUCCAAAAUAUAGAAGUUGUAGUAGUAAUGAUGGAUUUCCACAAAAUGUAACAAAAUUUAAACGGAAGCAUUUUUAAAUGUAUUAUUAGCCGGUUGUUUUGAAGUUGUUUAGGUUAAUCAGUAGUUGAAACUAUGCCCUAUCAUCAUCCGAACUCCCUUUAGGUUCAAUGGUUAUGUUUUUAUUUGUUUUUUAACUAAUUGUCUUCAUUUGGGCACAUUGUAGGUGGUAUCUUGGCCAACAAACAAAACUGCUUUGAUGAUUUUCAGUCUGCUGCCGAAUAUCUUAUAAAGGAAGGUUACACAUCUCCCAAGAGGCUGACUAUUAAUGGAGGUUCAAAUGGAGGACUGUUAG